AUGCCUCGCGCGGAAGUUGGAACCCCGAAGUAUCUCGCCAACAAGAUGAAGGCAAAAGGUCUUCAGCGUUUGCGGUGGUACUGCCAAGUCUGCCAAAAACAAUGCCGGGACGAGAACGGAUUCAAGUGCCAUGCGCAGUCCGAGGCUCAUCUGCGCCAGAUGCUCGUCGUGGGCGAGAAUGCCGGGCGUCACAUCGCCGACUUCUCCUCAGAGUUCCAGCAUGACUUCGUCCAGCUUCUCUCGCGGCGGUUCGGCACUAAGCGUGUGAAGGCGAACAAUGUGUAUCAGGAGUACAUCCAGGAUCGGAGCCACCUGCACAUGAAUGCGACUCGCUGGGUUACCCUGACGGAGUUUGUGAAACAUCUGGGUCGGAUUGGCGUGGCGAGGGUGGACGAAACGGAGAAAGGGUGGUUUAUUGCGUGGAUAGAUAACAGUCCGAAGGCUUUAGCGAAACAAGAGGCUUCGUUGAAGAAAGAGCGGGCGACUACCUCGGAUGAGCAGCGGGAACGCAUGCUCAUCAACGAACAGAUUGAGCGCGCCGCAGCUUCAACUUCUGCCGAGCCAUCGCCUCCUCCUGCAGAGGAAGGUUUGAAGCGGGAUGAGAGCACCGAGAAGGUCGUCUUGUCUUUGGCACCCAAAGUCACUCCAAAAACAUCCUCCUCAUCAGGCUUGACAAUUAAGCUCAAACCGCUGAAUCGAGCCAAUCCUCUGAAGCCCGCAAACCCUCCCAAGCGGCCGAAUGUGCUCAAAGCGACUGCUACGCCCACACCUGAGGUAGAGAAAGUGGCUGGAAAGAAGAGGGAAGCUCCUAUGAGUGCCUCUGAGCGGUUGAUGUUUGAAGAUCAAGAGAAGAAGCGGAGGCGUAUGGAGAGAGAAGCGGUGGCUUAG